AGAAGAAUAACACCCUUCUCUUCAGUGUAAAAGGAAACGAAUAGUAAUAAAACAGUUUCCACGUUAGCGUUUUGUUAUUUAGACGUUUAUCAACACCCUUGAACUCAAUGACUCAUUUAAUUGGACAGCAUCGCAUACUUACCCCAGGUCGUCUUUACUUUGCGUUGUAGACGGGACUUGAUUAAUGCUAGCUAGCAGCUAACAAUGGCUAACUGUAUGGUUUUUCAUACUCAAAUAGCCUCCAUCGUUGAGGUACUAUCGAAUGCAUUCGUUGCAGAAAUCUGCAAACUCGUAGACGACGACUAUGCAGUGUUUCGUUUGGAAAUAACUCAAAGCCAGAAAGAAAACAGGACAUUGCGGAGGAAACUACAGCUACUGGAACUGAAGAUGGCACGGGACAGCGUCCUCGCCAGUCGUCCCAGUAGUGUCAAGAUCCUCGACCGAUACAGUGUAACGGCAAGAGGUGAAGGACAUCUCACUGGAGGCAACAGGAGUGUUGUGAAGCCCGUAGGACACAAUACAUGGAGAGAUGACCAACUAAUCACUGUUAAUGAGGGGAGUGGAACCUCACCACAGCACAUUAUCAUGAUAGAGUCUGCAGAUGCAGAGUCUGCAGGUCCUGGAGUCAAGCAGGAGAGGCAUAGAGGAGAGGAGGACCCACGGCACAGCAGAGACAUCGAGACUGGAGUGCCCCCUGUAGCCAUGGAGGACCACACCACUGCCCCAGCGCAGCCCAGGACCUGCCAUAGCAUCAUGGAGGUCAGUGGAAUGCUGAAUGCUGUCCUCAAGUCAGAGACAGACAGAGAGACUUUAACUGUUAAACAAAGGAUUUUACACACAGAGAGACUGGGCUGUUCACCUGCUCCCGGCUCAGAGUAUUUACUUCACGGUAACCCGAGCUCGAGGACGGUUCAUUCUCAUCCCAACCAAAGUCAAGCGAUAGAGACGGGCAAUGAUCCGUCUUGUUCUUACGCUACAGAGAUGGACACUGGCAACAUGCUCUUCGGUUUAGAUACCCCGACUGGAACUAAAGGCGACAGGAACCAGUAUAGUGGUAGUGUAUACUCUGAAGGGUGCCUAGAUAAGAAAGGGGAAGUUAUAGUGGUAGAUGAGGCGAUUGUGAAAGUGGAGGGCGACGCUCCUCCCACAUGGAAUGCAGAUAGUCACCUAGGAGAUGAACACUCACAGGGCAUAGAUUUCUUAAAUUACAGGGACAGCUUAGAGACAAAUGCAAAUGUUGUGACCCACUCCCCUUUACACGCACUCAAGGAUCAUGACCCAGUGUCAACUUCAAUGGGGCCUUCUGAUUCUCACGGCCACGUGUUUUUCGAUCAGGUAUUGAACUCAAACGACAUGGCUAGAGACCAGGCUCGGAGAGGGGGAGCCACGUCAGGCGGUAGUAAAGAGAAGAGGUUCCUCUGCAUGUUCUGUAACAAAGGCUUCAGCAGCCCCCAGAAGGUGGAGAUCCACCAGAGGGUCCACACAGGGGAGAAACCCUACAGCUGUACCCAUUGUCACAUGCGCUUCACUGAGGCUGGCACCCUAAAGAGGCACCAGAGGGUCCACACAGGGGAGAAACCCUACAACUGCCCCCAGUGUGAGAAGAGGUUCUCCCGCCAGGACCACCUUAAGAUGCACCUGAAGGUCCACACGGGAGAAAGGCCAUUCGCAUGUACACAAUGCGGGAAGAGGUUCUCAGAGAGGAGCUAUCUCAGGAUACACCAGCAGAAAAACCAUUCCACUCGAUAGCUUCUGACUUUUCAAUCAAACCCUGCAUUAAAGACAAAGAUACAUUUUAAUUGUUGUCAGCAGAAAGCAUCCCCAGAUGCAUUUGGACUAAUGAGAGUAAUACAUUUCAGAAUUGAAUAUUCCUGGGUAGAAUAUUGCAUCCAGACAUUUUGUGGUAUAUAAUCCAAAACAGUAUGUUACAUAUUGUGUUUUGUACUGUGUCGGCUAUAUGAUGUUCAAAUGCCCAUUUCCUUUCAAAAACGACUUAGUUUUUCCCAGAACACUUUUAAUGAGAAUCUAUGCAUUUUAUCAUGCACAUUUGUAGUUAAGACCUGUGUUGUUAUUAUUAUUAUUUUUUCA